AUGUCGUCCAGACCGGGACCGUCGGAGUCUCAUGGUCCGGUGAUGCAGAGGCGGAUUACGCGGACGCAAACAGCUGGAAACCUUGGAGAAGCUAUAUUUGAUAGUGAGGUUGUACCUUCUUCUCUUGUUGAAAUUGCUCCUAUUCUUCGUGUUGCUAAUGAGGUUGAGAAGACUCAUCCUAGAGUUGCUUAUCUCUGCCGCUUUUACGCGUUUGAGAAAGCUCAUAGGUUGGACCCGACUUCAAGUGGUCGUGGUGUUCGGCAAUUUAAAACGGCUCUUCUUCAACGAUUAGAAAGAGAAAAUGAUCCAACAUUGCAAGGAAGGAUAAAGAAAAGUGAUGCCCGUGAGAUGCAGAGUUUCUAUCAGCAUUACUACAAAAAAUAUAUCCAAGCUUUACAAAAUGCUGCUGAUAAAGCUGAUCGAGCACAACUAACCAAGGCAUAUCAGACUGCUAAUGUUCUUUUUGAAGUUUUGAAAGCUGUUAAUAUGACACAAUCUAUGGAAGUUGACCGUGAGAUUUUGGAGACUCAAGAUAAAGUUGCUGAAAAAACAGAGAUCUUAGUUCCUUUCAAUAUUCUUCCUCUUGAUCCUGAUAGUGCAAAUCAGGCGAUAAUGAGAUUUCCGGAGAUCCAAGCUGCUGUAUUUGCUCUUCGUAACACGAGGGGUCUUGCUUGGCCAAAGGACUACAAGAAAAGAAAAGAUGAAGACAUUCUGGAUUGGCUUGGGGCAAUGUAUGGGUUUCAGAAGCACAAUGUGGCAAAUCAGAGAGAGCAUUUGAUCUUAUUGCUUGCAAAUGUACACAUAAGACAAUUCCCUAAGCCUGAUCAACAACCAAAGUUGGAUGAUCGUGCACUAACAGAAGUGAUGAAGAAGCUUUUCAAAAAUUACAAAAAGUGGUGCAAGUAUUUGGGUCGAAAGAGUAGCCUUUGGUUGCCAACCAUACAACAAGAAGUGCAGCAACGCAAAUUACUAUACAUGGGUCUUUAUCUUCUAAUUUGGGGUGAAGCGGCCAAUCUAAGAUUCUUGCCAGAAUGCCUUUGCUAUAUCUAUCACCAUAUGGCUUUUGAAUUGUAUGGUAUGCUUGCUGGUAAUGUUAGUCCAAUGACGGGAGAGAAUAUCAAGCCAGCCUAUGGAGGUGAAGAGGAGGCUUUCUUAAGUAAAGUUGUAACUCCCAUAUAUAAUGUGAUUGCAAAGGAAGCUGAAAGGACCAAAAGAGGGAGGUCAAAGCAUUCACAGUGGAGGAAUUAUGAUGAUAUAAAUGAAUAUUUCUGGUCAGCGGAUUGUUUUCGGCUUGGUUGGCCAAUGCGCGCUGAUGCUGAUUUCUUUUGCCUUCCAGUUGAACAACCAUACUUUGAUAAGUUGAAGGGUAACAAGCCAGAUAAUAGGGACCGAUGGGUCGGAAAGGGCAACUUCGUUGAGAUAAGGUCCUUUUGGCAUAUUUUCAGAAGUUUUGAUCGCAUGUGGAGUUUUUUCAUUCUAAGCUUACAGGCUAUGAUUAUUGUUGCUUGGAAUGGAAAUGGGGAUCUAAGUGCAAUAUUUGAUGGUAAUGUUUUCAAGAAGGCACUUAGCGUGUUUAUAACAGCAGCUAUAUUAAAGCUUGGGCAAGCUAUUCUUGAUGUGAUCCUCAGUUGGAAAGCUCAACGGAGCAUGUUGAUGUAUGUUAAGUUAAGAUACAUUCUAAAGGUUGUUUCAUCUGCAGCAUGGGUGAUUGUUUUAUCGGUCACUUAUGCUUAUACUUGGGACAAUCCUCCUAGCUUUGCUCAAACCAUCCAAAGUUGGUUUGGAAGCAAAAAACAUUCACCUUCAGUGUUUAUUAUGGCUGUUAUUGUAUACUUGUCACCAAAUAUGCUAGCUGCCAUAUUGUUUCUGUUCCCACUCAUUCGGCGUUUUCUUGAGAGAUCAAAUUAUAGGAUUGUCAUGCUAAUGAUGUGGUGGUCGCAGCCCCGUCUCUAUGUUGGUAGGGGGAUGCAUGAGAGCACAUUUUCCCUUUUCAAGUACACGGUGUUUUGGUUUCUCUUGAUAAUUACAAAGUUAGCAUUCAGUUACUAUAUAGAGAUAAAACCUCUUGUGGAACCUUCCAAGGCUAUAAUGCAUGUAAGAAUCUCGCAUUUCCAGUGGCAUGAAUUCUUUCCGCGAGCUCGAAAAAAUAUUGGUGUUGUAAUUGCACUUUGGGCUCCAAUUAUUUUGGUUUACUUCAUGGAUACCCAGAUUUGGUAUGCCAUAUUCUCAACUUUAUUUGGUGGUAUUUAUGGGGCAUUUCGUCGCCUUGGUGAGAUAAGGACACUCGGAAUGCUUAGGUCUCGGUUUGAAUCAUUGCCUGGUGCUUUUAAUGCCUGUUUGAUCCCAGAGGAAAAGAGCGAGCUAAGAAAGAAAGGAUUAAAAGCAACUUUCUCUCGGAGAUUUGACCAGAUCCCAUCUAACAAAGGUAAAGAGGCUGCAAAAUUUGCACAACUUUGGAACCAAAUUAUCACUAGUUUUAGGGAAGAAGAUCUUAUCAGUAAUAGGGAAAUGGACCUUUUGCUUGUGCCUUAUUGGGCAGAUCCUGAGUUAGACCUUAUACAAUGGCCACCAUUUCUACUUGCUAGCAAGAUUCCAAUUGCAUUGGAUAUGGCUAAGGACAGCAAUGGAAAGGAUCGUGAGCUAAGAAAAAGAAUAGAGUUCGACAACUAUAUGUCUUGUGCUGUUCGUGAGUGUUAUGCUUCAUUUAAGAGCAUUAUUAGGUACUUGGUUCAAGGGGACCGUGAGAAGAAGGUUAUAGAAUACAUUUUAUCUGAGGUAGACAAACACAUUGAAGCUGGUGAUCUAAUUAAUGAAUUCAAAUUGAGUGCGCUUCCUAGCCUCUAUGGGCAAUUUAUUGAGCUAAUAAAAUAUUUGUUAGAGAAUAAGCAUGAAGACAGAGAUCAAGUUGUGAUUCUAUUCCAGGACAUGCUGGAGGUGGUGACAAGAGAUAUAAUGAUGGAGGAUCAUAUAUUCAGCUUGGUAGAUUUAAUCCAUGGUGGAUCUGGACAUGAGGGGAUGCUUCUUCUUGAGCAGCAACACCAGUUGUUUGCAUCUGAAGGGGCUAUCAGGUUUCCAAUUGAACCGAUUACAGAAGCUUGGAAAGAAAAGAUUAAACGGCUGUACUUGUUGCUUACAACUAAAGAAUCAGCAAUGGAUGUACCAUCUAACUUAGAAGCCAAAAGGCGUAUUUCAUUUUUCUCAAAUUCACUGUUUAUGGAUAUGCCUACAGCACCCAAAGUUCGCAACAUGCUUUCAUUCUCGGUUUUGACUCCAUACUACACUGAAGAGGUUCUCUUUUCCUUGCGUGAGUUGGAAUCGCCUAAUGAAGAUGGUGUUUCAAUUCUUUUCUACUUGCAAAAAAUCUUUCCAGAUGAAUGGAACAACUUUCUUCAGCGAGUGAAUUGUUCCAAUGAAGAGGAACUUAAAGAAUACGAUGAGUUAGAAGAAGAGCUUCGUCGCUGGGCAUCAUACCGAGGCCAAACGUUGACCAGAACUGUUAGAGGCAUGAUGUACUACAGAAAAGCCUUGGAGCUUCAGGCUUUUCUUGAUAUGGCCAAAGACGAAGAUUUGAUGGAAGGUUACAAGGCCAUAGAAAAUUCAGAUGAUAAUUCCAAGGGGGAAAGGUCACUAUGGACACAAUGUCAAGCUGUAGCUGAUAUGAAAUUCUCAUAUGUUGUAUCAUGCCAACAGUAUGGGAUUGACAAGCGAUCUGGUGCUGCUCGUGCGCAGGACAUAUUGAGGCUUAUGGCAAGAUAUCCUUCACUUCGAGUUGCCUAUAUUGAUGAGGUAGAGGAACCUAGCAAAGAGAGACCAAAAAAGAUCAGCAAGGUUUAUUACUCCUGCUUGGUGAAGGCUAUGCCAAAAUCCAGUAGUCCUUCUGAGACGGAGCCUGAGCAAUGUCUGGACCAGGUCAUAUAUAAAAUAAAGCUUCCUGGGCCUGCUAUUUUGGGUGAGGGCAAACCUGAAAAUCAGAAUCAUGCCAUAAUGUUCACACGCGGAGAAGGCUUGCAAACAAUAGAUAUGAACCAGGAUAAUUACAUGGAAGAAGCUUUGAAAAUGAGAAAUUUGUUGCAAGAGUUCCUUAAGAAGCAUGAUGGAGUGAGGUACCCGAGUAUUCUUGGACUUCGGGAGCAUAUAUUUACUGGAAGUGUUUCUUCUCUUGCGUGGUUCAUGUCAAAUCAGGAAACCAGUUUUGUGACAAUUGGUCAGAGAUUGUUAGCUAAUCCACUGAGGGUUCGCUUCCACUAUGGCCAUCCUGAUGUCUUUGAUAGGAUUUUUCACCUCACUAGAGGGGGUGUAAGUAAAGCCUCCAAGGUUAUCAAUUUGAGUGAAGAUAUAUUUGCUGGCUUUAACUCUACCCUUCGUGAAGGAAAUGUUACUCAUCAUGAAUACAUACAAGUUGGGAAAGGAAGAGAUGUGGGUCUCAACCAGAUUUCUAUGUUUGAAGCAAAGAUAGCUAAUGGCAAUGGAGAACAAACACUGAGUCGAGAUAUAUACCGACUUGGUCACCGAUUUGACUUCUUCAGAAUGUUGUCUUGUUAUUUCACCACAAUUGGGUUUUACUUCAGUACUCUUAUUACUGUUCUCACCGUGUACGUAUUUCUCUAUGGCCGCCUUUAUCUUGUUCUUAGCGGGCUUGAAGAAGGUUUGAGUACACAAAAAAUCAUUCGAGAUAAUAAGCCUCUUCAAGUGGCUCUUGCAUCCCAGUCCUUUGUUCAAAUUGGGUUUUUGAUGGCUUUGCCCAUGUUGAUGGAAAUUGGCUUGGAAAGGGGAUUCCGAACAGCGCUUAGCGAAUUCAUAUUAAUGCAGCUGCAGCUAGCUCCAGUUUUCUUCACAUUUUCGCUUGGGACAAAAACUCACUAUUAUGGAAGGACGUUGCUUCAUGGAGGUGCAAAAUAUAGAGCUACUGGUCGAGUAUACCAAAUUUUUGGCAAUGCUUAUAGAAGUGGGGUUGCAUAUCUGUUGAUUACCAUACCAACAUGGUUUAUGGUGGGCACCUGGCUUUAUGCCCCCUUCUUGUUCAAUCCUUCUGGUUUUGAGUGGCAAAAGAUUGUUGAUGAUUGGACUGAUUGGAAUAAAUGGAUUAGCAUCCGAGGUGGUAUUGGUGUACCGCCUGAAAAGAGUUGGGAAUCCUGGUGGGAGGAGGAACAAGAGCAUCUAAAAUAUUCAGGAAUGCGCGGAAUCAUAGCUGAGAUAUUUUUAUCUUUGCGGUUUUUCAUCUAUCAGUAUGGUCUUGUUUAUCACUUGAACUUUGUUAAGUCUACCAAAAGUGUCCUGGUUUAUGGCAUAUCAUGGUUGGUGAUCUUUCUUAUAUUAGUUGUGUUGAAGACGGUGUCUGUUGGGAGAAGGAAAUUUAGUGCAGAUUUUCAACUUGUCUUUCGGCUGAUGAAGGGAUUGAUAUUCGUGACAUUUGUCUCAAUUCUAGUAACCAUGAUUGCUCUUGCUCACAUGACGUUGCAGGACAUUGUUGUUUGCAUUCUUGCCUUCAUGCCAACUGGUUGGGGAAUGCUACAGAUUGCACAAGCAUUAAAGCCUCUGAUAGGCCGAGCGGGGAUUUGGGAAUCAGUAAAAACUCUAGCACGUGCUUACGAGGUUGUCAUGGGUUUGCUUUUGUUCACUCCUGUUGCCUUCCUUGCUUGGUUUCCUUUUGUGUCAGAAUUUCAGACACGUAUGCUUUUCAAUCAAGCAUUCAGCCGAGGUUUGCAAAUUUCUCGUAUUCUUGGGGGCCAAAAGAAAGGCCGAUCCUCUCGCAACAAGGAGUAG